AACCGCGGCCUUUCGUGGCUCUCCCCUUCCCCACCACCCGCCUGCCCCGACCGGAGGAGGAGGAAGGGAUUCCGCGUCAGCUUUUCGAUGAGCGGCCUCUCUUCGCUCCAGCCUCGCUCCCCCUGCCGGCCAAGGAAGGACAAGAGCCGAAGAUGGCGGUUCUUCCAGCCGCCGGAGCGGCGUCCACGGCGGCUUCCGAGCAGCAAAGCUCAAAUGGCCCUGUGAAGAAAUCGAUGCGAGAAAAGGCUGUGGAACGCAGAAAUAUUAACAAAGAGCAUAACAGUAACUUCAAGGCUGGAUACAUCCCGAUUGAUGAAGAUCGUCUACACAAAACUGGUUUGCGAGGCAGAAAAGGCAAUUUGGCGAUCUGUGUUCUGGUCCUCCUUUUCAUUUUGGCUGUUGUUAAUUUAAUCAUCACCGUCAUAAUUUGGGCUGUAAUUCGUAUUGGACCCAACGGCUGCGAUAGCAUGGAAUUUCAUGAUAGCGGAUUACUAAGAUUUAAACAAGAUUCUGAUAUGGGAAUUAUACAUCCAUUGUAUAAGAGCACAGUGGGAGGCCGACGGAACGAAGAUUUGGUGAUUGUUGGAGAAAAUCAGCCAAUUGUAUUUCAGCAGGGCGAAACAAAACUUAGUGUGGAGAAAAAUAAAACUUCAAUUACCAGCGAUAUCGGAAUGGAAUUCGUUGACCCACGAACUCAAAACACUUUGUUUAGCACUGACUACAAUACCCAUGAGUUUAAUUUGCCAAGUGGAGUAAAAAUUUUAAACGUCCAAAAAGCAUCUACAGAAAGGAUUACAAGCAACGCCACCAGUGAUCUCAAUAUAAAAGUUGAUGGGCGUGCUAUUGUCCGUGGAAAUGAAGGAGUGUUUAUUAUGGGCAAAACUAUAAAGUUUUCUAUGGGACGCAACUUGGAACUGAAAGCCGACAACUCCAUUAUCCUAAAUGGAAGUGUGAUGAUCAGCGUAUCCCGACUGCCAAAUUCUUCUCACAAGGAACAAUUCAACAAUGGUGACUGGGAACGUUACAAACUUUGCAUGUGUUCGGAUGGGACAUUAUUCCGUAUUCCAGUUAAGAGUCGUAAUAUGGGUUGCCAAACCUCUAUCAACCCUUGUGGUAAUACGUAUUAAAGGCAAACGUGGGUACUAUGGAAAGAAAAAUCACUAUAUUUAAGUUCAAGCCACUGCAUGUUUGCAAGGAUGUUUUUAGUUAUUUGUAGAAAUAUUAAAUGAAGCAUUUCUCACACACCAAUCUCCACAUGUAGCACUGUUGAUUAGGCCAAUCAUGUUUUAAGGUAUGUUCCUUGCUGCGUAGAAGUGCAUUUUAGUAAGGCAGUUAAACAGAAAUGCAGAGUGUACUUCAGGGUAUUGUUGAAUAAAAAAUUACCAAACAGGCUAUGUAUGUUUCAAAAAUAAUUUGGAAGAAUUGUUUUGGAGUUUGCCAAGGGAAGCAUCUUUCCGCUGAUUUGUUAAUAUGGCCCCUACAGCUGUUGGCAAAGACCUCUUGCGUCAUGAAUACAUAAUUCAUUUUUGUUUCUGGUACUUUUACCUUUGCAAAUGUGUAUUUCUCAGACAUUAUACUUAGACCUUUAUUUGGUCCCACUAUAUUGAGGCAUCUGUUUUCUGAAAUUUAGAUGCACUGAAUUCCAUGUUCUAAUAUUGGCUGGGGAAUUCAAGUCAUUCUGGAAACUGAUUAUGGAAACAGAGUCUAUAUGUAUGGUUGAGCAGCUGCAAGUUGUUGGAGUACCAGAACUCUGGUAGUGCAGUGGUUAGAAUGCAUUACUGCAGGAUAAUUCUGAUGACUGACAGCAGUUUGGCAGUUCAAUUCCCACCGGCUCAAGGUUGACUCAGCCUUCCUUCCUUCCGAGGUGGGUAAAAUGAGGGCCCAGAUUGUUGGGGGCAAGAUGCAGACUCUGUAAACCGCUUAGAGAAGUGGUAUAUGUCUAAAUUCUAUUGCUGUUGCUCUUCUUCUACAAAGUUCAAAAAAUCAAGUUUUUUCCAAGUAGGAAUUAUUCGUGGGAAUAAUUCGAGUUUGGCAAAACUCAUAAUAGGAUUAUUAACCUCUGCUUCUGCCCAAAGAGCCGUUGGUUCAUUUUGGAAAAUAUCCCACAGUUUAGAAUGUUUUAAGUCUUUUGGUUUGUCAGUUUCAUAGGCAUGGCAUUUGAAAAUGCUUCUGGCAGAGGUCCCACAAAAACCGAACAAAAUUAAAAACAUUUAAGGUGCUUUGCGAGAGUGCAUGAAAAUACACUUGUUUACUGCAAAUAAAAUUCUGCUCUAUUGCCAGUUGAGAUUGAGCAGUUUGAAGGUAUCUUCUCUGCUUAUGUUGCGUCCUUCUUCACUCGGUCUUUCCAUCCCCAGCUUGUUUUGAAAUGGGCUAGUCAAUGGAAGGGCACGAAUGAGAAGCUAGCCACAAAGCAUCAUCUGGAACUUUGACUAUAUGCUUAAUAGGCAAACGACUUGACACUAUCUGAUAUGGGCUGAAGCAACAGUGGCUGCAAUUUUACUUUAGAAGCACCGAAUGCUGCUUCUGCAGGAACAGAGGGAGGAGAUGUAGCUGUGUAUACAAGCAAGGUACAGGAAUGUGGAAUAUUUAAAACUGCUAGGCCAAAGCUACUGUUACCUCAAAUAUAGCAGGGCAUCUUAGCAAGCAGUAGAAUUCAAGUAUUCGUACUGUUAUCUUUAUAUUCAUUUCUGAAGGGGUCACACCUCUAUUUGUUUCUAUCAAGUUAUGCAGGUCUCGAUAACUACAUUUUGCUAAAUAUUAAAUAUUCCUUUUCCCUAAUCAAUUUCUAUACAGAGAAUACAUUGAAAGUUGUUGGUAAAGUAAUGAAUACUACUAGAUAUCUAGGCUUUAGUACUUAGGUUGACAUAUAUGAAGAAAUUUGUCAUUUGGAACCGAUUAUCACAGAAAUCGGGUUGCUGCUAGACUAUCCAAUGCAUGAAUGGUACUUGAAGUGAGAACUUGGUAAGGGUAAUAGUAUGCAGGGAAUUGUGGUCUACUCGCAACAGGGGAGAAGUGAUAAAUGGAAAUGUGGUGCAAUAAAAUGAUGCUAGACAAAUUUGCAGCUUUAAUGGAGUUCACAGAGAACGUUUUAAUCUAUAGCUUCACAUAUUUUGUGGCAUGGAAUUAAGUCUUGUGAGCAAUUCUCUGCCCCAUUCUUAGCUCUUUGGCCCUGUUGUUAUGCAGCAGUAUUAAUACACCCAGAGUCACUGAGAGUGAGUAGGCAGUCAUAUAAAUUUUCUUAAAUUAACAAAAUUAACACGGGCAAAUAAAUUUAUUGAACACCAAAUCUGCUAUGUUCUACUGUUGUAGUUUGAUUUAACCCUAAUUUAAUUGUAAGCCACCCUGUGUAAUAAAAUUGUAAUAGUGUUGUUGAUGAACGUUAUUUUGAAAUCCGGGUGUUGUUUUUUUUACUUCAUUUCAGAGUUAAUUUUAAUUGGAAUACUGUUAGUAUAUACUUGCACGCCAUGUAGGGACGAGACAAAAAUUAGUAUUCCAAUGUUACGGAAGCCCUUGAUUUAAUGUUCAGUUCUUCUCGAUCCACAGUUCUCAUCCAUGCCUUAAAGCUAUAUCCUGUUUAAAUGUUUCAUAAAGUUAUAGAAAUUGGUAUGAGAACUGCUAAAAUAAAAAAAAUAAACCAAUCCUCAAAUCCACAUAACACUAGAGGUGCUUCUGUUCUAUGGUUUGCAAUCAUUUUUAUCUGUGGAAGAAUUUAAAGACAUCUCAGAGGCUAAAAGUAGAUAAUAUUAAAAGAAGAAAAGUUGAAAGCCUCAUGAUCUUUAAAACUAUUAAAAAUACAGCGUUAAAAUAGUAGUUGCAACAUUUUAAAUGCAAGUUUAUUGUUCCAUGAUUUACUCAUUUCAUAACAUAUGAAAAACUGUAUUUGGAGGAAUAUUUUGUUAUGAACUGUAUUAAUGCAGGAUUUCUGAAGUUCAUCUUAAAGUUGCUAAGGUUAAGCAACACUGCUUUAAUGUCACAAUGAAAAUUUAACAACAAAAAUGGUAUCUGCCACUAGGCUUUGACAACUGCUUUGACAAAUUCUAAUAUUUGAUGUUGGGUAUCUUAAUUGUUUUGUAUUUAAUUGUUCAUAAUUACAUUUUAACAUAUUAUACAUGUAGAUAAUGAUUUUCCUUAAAAGGAUGUUCAAAUAUGAGUAAAUAGUCCUUGAAUUACGCCCCCAGUUGAGCCCAAAAUUUCUAUUGCUAAGACAGUUGUUCAAUGAGUUUUGCUCCAUUUUAUGAUCUUUCUUGCCAUAGUUGUGAAAUGAAUCACUGGUUGUUAAAUUAGUAACACAGCUGUUGAAUGAAUCUGGCUUCCCCAUUGAUGUUGCUUGUCAAAAGGUCACAAGGGGGCUUUGUGGCCCCGGGACACUGCAACGGUCAUAAAUGAGUUGUUAAGCAUCCAAAUUUUGAUCACACGACCAUUGGGAUUUUGCAGUGGCUGUUAAAUGUGAAAAAAGGUCAUAACUCACUUUUUUUCAGUGCUGUUGUGACUUUGAACAGUCACUAAACGAAGACUACCUGUAUAUGAAGUGUUUGGAAUAUUUAACCUCAGCAAUAGGAUAUACUUCUCAUCAAAAUUCACAGGAUAUAUGUAAUAAACAUGUCAAGGUUUGCUUUCGAUUAGAAUAAUACAUUUUUAAAUUAUGUAUUAUUAUUUUGGUCUUAUGGCUUCAACAGGCCAUAUGAAAGAGGAAAGAAUUGCAGUAAGAUUUGCAAGUAAACUUUUGGGUUUUUACAAAGAUAUUUACAAAGGAAAAAUUAAGUGACUGGUUUGCUGUGCCAGGUUCCAAUAUUUAAUACUGGAUUCAUAAAACAUAUCUCUUUAGUAAACCAAUGUGCAGUACUAAUAAAAAGCCCACACAUAUAUCGAACAUGUUCUCGGCAGGGUAUUGAUACUGUUGUGAAGAUUGGAUGAAUAGGAAUGUGCAGUGUUUCAGAAUGAAGAGUGUAAGAACCGCAUCUGUUGGAGUCUCAUUAAAGUAACUGUGUCUGUUCCCAGAUUUUAGGCAAUUGCAGAAGUCUCCCUCCAAAUUUUCCUCACUGCAGCUGCGUGAACUGGGAAACAGAUAUAGCUGCUUUCACACUCCUGUGAAUUAUAUUAAAUUCUGAGGUAACUCUUCUAAAUUUAAUCUGAAGCACUAUACAGCCUUAUAGGAUAAAUUCUUCCUCAUGCUUUUUGGGGGAGGACAUUGGCCAGGCAUUAAUGGGAUUAGCUUUUUAAUGAAAUAUUGGGAUUAAAACAUUAUUGUACUUAUUGCUACAAUCUAUUGAGCAUAUUGUAAAGGAAUAUUUUUGCUGUUUUGCAGUGUUAUACUGACAGCUUAGAAUGAGAGUUAAUAUUCCAAUUAACUUAAAAGCUUCUGGUCUUAUUCAAAUCAUCUAUAGGCACAGAAUAGAUAACAAGAAAAUUCAGAAUCUUUUUCGAUAUGAUUAAUGGUAUUUAAUAAAUAAUAUUCAGUUCAAAAUUAAACUGAACGAUGAACACUUAUCAAUUUAUUUUUCUACUGUGGUGCUGUUCUUAUUUGAGGUUUGCUACUAAUUUAUAUAAAAUGGAUUAAUUUGUUAAACUGCGCUACUUUGUGUAUGUUUUAAAGCAGGGUUUUUAAAGAUUGCAUUUAUGCCUUAGAUUUCAUCCUGUCACUAUGAAGCUUGGAUUUCCAAGUGCCAAAGGAAGUCCUCGUGUAUUUGUAAAAUGUCCAUUUAAAUAAACAAUAUAAAUUGA